AUGAACGAGCUGAACAAGACUGUGAAUGGAAGUCUCCGUGUCUGGAUUGGACUGAAGAGAACAGAUGUGUAUAACUGGAAGUGGUCUCUGGGUGAUCCUGUCAAAUAUCUGAACCGAGAAACUGAACCAUCAACUGACACAAAUAAUUGUGCUGUUAUGAGAAAUGGAAAAUGGCGUCAGCAGAAGUGUAAAGAUAAGCUGGGAUUCAUCUGCUACAAUGGUGUUUCAAAGGAUUUCAUUAUCUGUCAAUCACAGACUUUUCUUCUCAGCUGUGAUCAGGGAACUAUUAAAGUCCUUUCAGCCAAUUAUGGGCUUACAGACCGACAGACCUGCUCUACUGGAAGACCAGAUAACCAGAUCUCAAAUGUUCAGUGCAGUCUGAACACAUCUCUAACGGUGGCCACUCGAUGUGAUGGACAAACGAGUUGUUCUAUGGUUGUGGACAAUACAGUUUUCACUGGAACUUGUUCUGGAACUCACAAAUACCUGAAUGUGUCUUAUGAGUGUGUUGAAGCACCACCAAACAGCAGUAAAUCAUACAUCAUUAAUACUUCUAAUACAACAUGGAGUGAAGCUCAGAGUUUCUGCAGACAGUAUCAUACUGAUCUGAUCAGUGUGAGGAACCAGACUGACAAUCAACUGAUCCACAACAUCAUUAAUGAUCCUCUCACAUCUGUCUGGAUUGGUCUGUUCAAUGACUCGUGGGAGUGGUCAGAUAACACUGACUCCGCCUUCAGAGACUGGGAUUCUGCUAAAUCUGAUAAUCACGGUGGUUCUAAAGAUUGUACAGCGGUUCAUUUGAAUACAGAAAAAUGGCAUGAUGUAUCUUGCAGUCACUCUCACACUUUUGUGUGUCAUGAAGGUAUUCAGCGCCGCUAUCACUAUAUAAACAUUGAGAAGACCUGGACUGAAGCUCAGAGAUACUGCAGAGAGAACUACACAGAUCUGGCCACAGUCAACAACAUCAAUGACAUGAACGAGCUGAAGAAGACUGUGAAUAACAAUCAGAAGGUCUGGAUUGGACUGAAGAGAACAGAUGUGUAUAACUGGAAGUGGUCUCUGGGUGAUAAUGUGAAAUAUCUGAACUGGGAAACUGAACCAUCAACUGACACAAAUAAUUGUGCUGUUAUGAGAAAUGGAAAAUGGCAUCGGCAGAAGUGUGAUGAUAAUCUGGGAUUCAUCUGCUACAAUGGUGUUUCAAUGGAUUUCAUUAUCUGUCAAUCACAGACUUUCCUUCUCAGCUGUGAUCAGGGAACUAUUAAAGUCCUUUCAGCCAAUUACGGGCUUACAGACCGACAGACCUGCUCUACUGGAAGACCAGCUAACCAGACCUCAAAUGUUCAGUGCAGUCUGAACACAUCUCUAACGGUGGCCACUCGAUGUGAUGGAGAAACGAGUUGUUCUAUGGUUGUGAACAAUACAGUUUUCACUGAUCCUUGUGAUGGAACUUACAAAUACCUGAAUGUGUCUUAUGAGUGUGUUGAAGCACCACCAAACAGCAGUAAAUCAUACAUCAUUAAUACUUCUAAUAAAACAUGGAGUGAAGCUCAGAGUUUCUGCAGACAGUAUCAUACUGAUCUGAUCAGUGUGAGGAACCAGACUGACAAUCAACUGAUCCACAACAUCAUUAAUAAUACUGAGACAUCUGUCUGGAUUGGUCUGUUCAGAGACUCGUGGGAGUGGUCAGAUAACACUGACUCCGCCUUCAGAGACUGGGAUUCUGCUAAAUCUGAUAAUCACGGUGGUUCUAAAGAUUGUACAGCGGUUCAUUUGAAUACAGAAAAAUGGCAUGAUGUAUCUUGCAGUCACUCUCACACUUUUGUGUGUCAUGAAGGUAUUCAGCGCCGCUAUCACUAUAUAAACAUUGAGAAGACCUGGACUGAAGCUCAGAGAUACUGCAGAGAGAACUACACAGAUCUGGCCACAGUCAACAACAUCAAUGACAUGAACGAGCUGAAGAAGACUGUGAAUAACAAUCAGAAGGUCUGGAUUGGACUGAAGAGAACAGAUGUGUAUAACUGGAAGUGGUCUCUGGGUGAUAAUGUGAAAUAUCUGAACUGGGAAACUGAACCAUCAACUGACACAAAUAAUUGUGCUGUUAUGAGAAAUGGAAAAUGGCAUCGGCAGAAGUGUGAUGAUAAUCUGGGAUUCAUCUGCUACAAUGGUGUUUCAAAGGAUUUCAUUAUCUGUCAAUCACAGACUUUCCUUCUCAGCUGUGAUCAGGGAACUAUUAAAGUCCUUUCAGCCAAUUACGGGCUUACAGACCGACAGACCUGCUCUACUGGAAGACCAGCUAACCAGACCUCAAAUGUUCAGUGCAGUCUGAACACAUCUCUAACGGUGGCCACUCGAUGUGAUGGAGAAACGAGUUGUUCUAUGGUUGUGAACAAUACAGUUUUCACUGAUCCUUGUGAUGGAACUUACAAAUACCUGAAUGUGUCUUAUGAGUGUGUUGAAGCACCACCAAUAUGUCUGAGCUUCAGUCCAGGUCAUCGUCAUGUUUAUAUAGUGAUAGCGGCGCUGAAUGCCUUCAGAUAA